GCUCCGCCCCUCAGGAGGUGCCUUCCGGGCCUCCCGCACCCCAGGCAUGGAGCUGAGCGCUGUCCCGGGACUCACACAUCUGCUGCUGCUGCCGCUGCUGGCGCUCCGGCUCUCGGCUGGGGACUGCCCGUGCUCAGACGCUGCGCUCUGCCGACCGAUUCGCCAUCGCCCCGACUUCGAGGUCUUUGUAUUUGAUGUUGGACAGAAAACUUGGAAAUCUUAUGACUGGUCACAGAUUACAACUGUGGCAGUUUUUGGAAAAUAUGACCCAGAACUUAUGUGUUACGCUCAUUCCAAAGGAGCCAGAGUAGUGCUAAAAGGUGAUGUCUCCCUGAAGAAUAUCAUUGAUCCUACCUUCAGAGCAUCGUGGAUAGCUCAAAAAGUUAAUUUGGCCAAAAUACAAUUUAUGGAUGGAAUUAAUAUAGACAUAGAACAAGAAGUUAAUUGCUUAUCACCUGAAUAUGAAGCAUUGACGGCUUUGGUCCAAGAAACCACAGAAUGUUUCCAUCGUGAGAUCGAGGGAUCACAGGUAACAUUUGAUGUAGCUUGGUCACCAAAGAACAUAGACAAAAGGUGCUAUAAUUACACUGGAAUUGCGGGUGCCUGUGAUUUUCUCUUUGUGAUGUCUUAUGAUGAGCAAAGUCAGAUCUGGUCAGAAUGUAUUGCAGCAGCCAAUGCUCCCUAUAAUCAGACAUUAACUGGAUAUAUUGACUACAUCAAGAUGGGCAUUAGCCCUAAGAAACUCGUGAUGGGUAUUCCCUGGUAUGGUUAUGAUUAUAUCUGCUUGAAUAUGUCAGAGGAUGACGUCUGCACCAUUGCAAAGGUUCCUUUUCAAGGGGCUCCUUGCAGCGAUGCUGCAGGACGUCAGGUGCCCUACAAACUGAUCAUGAAGCAAGUAAAUAGUUCUGUUUCUGGAAGCCAGUGGGAUGAGGACCAGCAAGCUCCCUAUUAUAACUACAAGGAUCCUGCUGGCCGUUUUCAUCAAGUGUGGUAUGAUAACCCCCAGAGCAUUUCACUAAAGGCGGCAUAUGUCAAAAACUAUGGCUUGCGGGGCAUUGGCAUGUGGAAUGCAAACUGUCUGGAUUACUCAGAAGACACUCUAGCCAGAGAGCAAACGAAAGCAAUGUGGGGAGCCUUAAAACCAUGGUUGUGAUGAAGAGAGAGGAGCAUCUUUUGUCAGACUAUUAGAUUUUGCAAGAAUGAGUUGUAUAAGUGGGUCUAAUUUCAUGCAAAGAAAAAAAUUUAUAUUUUUUUCAUGUUGUCAUAACUUACCUAUUGGGAUACUCAAAAAACAGGUAAGAAAUAAAUUUUUCAUUUGAACAUAAAAGAUACAUACAUAUCUUAGAUAUCCCAGGAAUAGAAAAGCAAGAAACAAGUCAACAUACUCUAUUAAAUAUUCCUCUAUGUUUCAAUAUUACAAUUUAGUUAGAAAAAUUGCUUUCAAAAUUUCAUGGUGAAUUUUCUCUCCUGGUAUUAAAAUAUACUGUUAAAAAUUAUUACUGAUUUUAAAAAAUGUGUAACUAGUGGACAAAAGAGAGUGAUGUGGUGGGGAAUGAAUAUGAUCAAAUUAGGUUAUACACAUGUAUAAAAAUAUCAGAAUGAAGCCCAUUAUUUUUUACAAUUAUUACAUGCUAAUAAAAAAUUGACAAGAACUCUGUAACUUGAAAUGGAAAUAGUUGGCUUCAAACAGACUUUAAGGUCUAGUCUUUGAAAAGCAGUUUAUGUUGAAUUUAUUUUCAACAAAUCUUAAAUUUAGAACCAGGAAUAUGGUAUCUCUUCAGAUUCAUGAAAAUAAUUAGACAUGAUUUUUCUGCUUCCUAACCUCAUAGUACAUACGAAUGCUUCAUGACAUACCCACAUUAGCAUCACUUAAUCCAUUAGAGAGUGCAUGAGAUAAAAGUAUGCAUACAAAUUAAACGUGAGAAGAUAAUUUGGUAAUAUUUGAACCAGUAAAUUAGAAGUACCUGCUGUGAGAUUUAUGUGUAAAAUUCUUGUAGUAAGAAGAAGCUGAUGUUGAACUUGAUUCUAUUCACUGUUUAUACUUGUAGUCAUUCAUGGUCCUUCACUUAUUAAUGCUCAGUUCUUGCCUAGUUUUCUUGUUUUUCUUCGACAUUUGCAGUUUGCUUUUAAGCUACAUAAGAACAUUAUUCUUACUGUCUUUUUCUAAAAGAUCACUUUUGUGAAAAUAAAUUUCUAAAUGUAAA